AUGCGUACUUCAUUCCUUUCCAUGUUGGCACUCGGCGCUGCUGUCGUCUCUGCUGCUCCUGCUUCCGACAUUUCUGAGCGGUCCUCCAAGACCUGCACCUUCACUUCUGCUUCCAGCGCCAAGUCUGGCCAGAAGUCCUGCUCCACCAUUUACCUUGACAACAUCUCCGUCCCUGCCGGUGAGACUCUGGAUCUCUCUCACCUGAAGGAUGGCACAAAGGUCAUCUUCAAGGGUGAGACCACUUUUGGAUACAAGGAGUGGAAGGGUCCCCUCAUCCGUGUGGCCGGUAACAACAUCGAGGUCUCCGGUGAGGAAGGCCAUGUUAUUAACGGUAACGGAGCCAAGUGGUGGGACGGCAAGGGAACCAACGGCGGCAAGAAGAAGCCCAAGUUCUUCUACGCCCACAAGCUCACCGACUCGAGCAUCACCGGCCUGAACGUUAAGAACACACCCGUUCAGGGCUUCAGUAUCCAGGCCGACAACCUGGUCCUCGACCACAUCAUCAUCGACAACUCCGACGGUGACAGCAACGGCGGUCACAACACCGAUGCCUUCGACGUCGGCGAGUCCACCUACAUCACCAUCAGCAACGCCAACAUCAAGAACCAGGACGACUGCCUCGCUGUCAACUCCGGUGAGAACAUCAUCUUCACCGGCGGUACCUGCUCCGGUGGCCACGGUAUCUCCAUCGGCUCCGUUGGUGGCCGUGAUGACAAUACCGUCAGCAACGUUACCAUCUCCGACUCCACUGUGAUCAAUUCCGACAACGGUGUCCGCAUCAAGACCAUCUACAAGGCCUCCGGUGAGGUCAAGGAUGUCACCUUCUCCAACAUCGAGCUGUCCAACAUCGCCAAGUACGGUAUCGUCAUUGAGCAGGACUACGAGAACGGCAGUCCCACUGGCAAGCCCUCCACUGGUGUCCCCAUCACCGGCCUCACUGUUGAGGAGGUCACUGGCUCCGUCAAGAGCUCUGGUACCGAUGUCUACAUUCUCUGCGGUGAGGGCAGCUGCUCCGACUGGACCUGGUCUGGCAACAAGGUCUCCGGCGGUAAGAAGACCAAAGAGUGCAAGAACGUUCCUUCCGGUGCUUCUUGCUAA